AAAAGACGCCUAAACAAAGGAUUAAUUUCCAUUGGUAGUUGGCCACACUGCUCAGUGGCCAGGCAGCUUGUUUACAUUUUGCAACUCGCCAGCUUUGGAGCUCUCGAGUGAAGGGAAAGUAAUUUGUUUGCCCAUUGAGGUUUUCAGCUAUGAAUCAAACUAUGAUUGCGCUUCGGACGACUCGAAGGGCGGCGCUCCUGAGCAGAGUGGCCGCCAGAAGCUUUGUCCGGACCACCGUUGUUUGCAAAGAAGCUGAGAUCACCAAAACCGCCCCACCCGCUGAACCAACCAAAAACGCGAUGGACUCGAUCAGAAUGGGUGGCAGGAGUCACGCGCCGAAUAGGUUGGAAAAGACCUUCCUGGUUUGGUCGGGCAGGUACAAAAGCGUCGAAGAAAUUCCACCCACAGUUCCGGAAGAGGCGAUCGAGAAGGCGAGGAACAAGGCGCGCAUCAGAAUCGCCAAUUAUUUAAUUCUUGGCACCAUCGUCGCUUGCGUUGCGUGCGUCAUCAGCGGAAAGCAGGCGGCCGAACGCGGCGAGAGUGUUGUCAAGAUGAACCUGGACUGGCACAAAAAGUACAACGACGACGCCGCGGCUGCAGCCAGUGCAGCCCAAAAGUAACCACGCAAGAUGGAAUCAACUGAAAGGCUGUGCUUGUAAAUUAUUUCGGAAAUGUGUUUGUUUGCAAAUUCUAGUGUACAAUUUAUUCAGAGUACUCAAUAAAUGAUAAACAACAUAAAUUACGGUACAAAACGGUG